GGAUAAUGCACCUGACAAUACAGACACCCCCAUGGACCACGACUACGCCUUGGGUCCCGAUCCUACAGUUGUUGAUUUGGUGCUGGAAGAAAAUGCAUCUCUCCGAGAGGAAGUUAGAUUGCUGCGCCAACAGAUCGAGAGCCUUACGCUGACGCAGAGGUUCGGCAUCCAUCGUUUUGCUGCCACGGACAAAGAUAUCCGGUUCUUCACAAGGUUUGCAUCAUAUGACCUGCUUAUGCGUUUCUGGGCCUUGAUUGAGCCGUCUCUACCAUCCAUGGUCAGUGUGCGGCAAGCGCAGAGAGGAACUCUCAUAGAAUCCACCACAGCCCAUUCCCUGCAGCCUAUCAAUGAGUUGUUCCUCUUCUUGAAUUACCUCGCCCUUGGAUCCAAGCAGCAGGACCUUGCUGACCGGUACAGAAUCCAUCAGUCCACGGUCAGUCGAAUCAUUAUGUCAUGGAGCAACUUCCUCUACACAGUACUUGGCUCAGUGAGGAUCAGGAUACCUCAGGAGCAGAUACGUAAAAAUCUGCCAGCAGAUUUCAAGGACUUCCCUGACACUACAGUUAUCCUUGACUGCACUGAGCUGAGGUGUCAAUGUCCGUCUUCCCCUGUCCUCCAGAGUGAGGUGUUUUCCUCUUACAAGUCACACUGCACUCUGAAAGGGCUCAUUGGAAUUGUGCCACAUGGGGCAGUGACAUUCGUCUCUUCACUGUAUGCCGGGUCUGUCAGCGACAAGCAGAUCACACGUGAAUGUGGUCUCCUUACCCUCCUAAAACCUGGGAUGGCUGUCAUGGCAGACCGAGGUUUUCUUAUAGAUGACAUGGUACCAUGCAAGAUUUACAGGCCAGCAUUCCUCUCUGGCAGGUCUCAAAUGUCAGCAUGUGAAGUUAAGGAGACCCAGGACAUUGCUCGUCUCAGGGUGCAUGUGGAGCGCCUCAUUCGCCGGGUCAAGGAGCACAAACUCUUUGACUCUGAAAUUCCCCUACGCCUUUUUGGAAGCAUCAACCAGCUCUACACAGUGGCUUGUCUCCUAACAAAUUAUGAAAAUGGGCCAUUGGUAAAGGCUUGGGCAAAGAAGCCUGAAGACUAACACUAGUCCAACAGAGCCCCAUUUUUGAGAAAGGACUUCCAAUCUCUGUAAAUAGCAAUUAUCUACAAUUGUUCAUAUGUAGCGAUUAUCUACAUUUGUUUAUAUGUAGCAUUAACAUUUAUGUAUGUAUAUAGUAAUAUAUAGUACAAUGAAAUGUGUAUAUAUGUAUAUUACUACACAUUAUACACUGAACAAAAAUAUAAACGCAACACUUUUGGUUUUGCUC